GGCCGGGGAUCGAACCCCGGACCUCCCGCUCUCCGGGCGGACGCUCUACCAAUAGACCACGGAGGUGGUCAGAUACAAUUGAAACAUGUAGAACAAUUCGUGUUAUUAUUCCGUGACUUUCUUUUUAUAUAUAUUUCUUAUAUAUAAAAUCGUGUUGUCUAUAUAUUUGUAGGAUCUUGAACAUGACUACAUAGCUAUCGUGGGUCAUCAGAUUCCCACAAAUGAACCUGUUUUCUACAUUUCAUGACAUAACCGCGCACGGGAACAUACGCCCUGCGUGCACCUGCUGUGCGCAGAAUCACAACAUCGUGACUGGCUGACAGGGUUGGUGUUGGUAUCAUUUGAAACAGAAAGUAUAUAAGAGGAUCAACCAAAUGAAGACUUUACUUUGAAAGUUUUUCGCUUAACUCCAGACAUGAAAGUAACACUGGUUCUCAUCAUUGUCAGCACCAUUAUUGCUGUGAUCGACAGCGAGCCCUGCAGGGAUGACAACGACUGUAUUCACACGUUAUGUGAUAGUACCGGAAGGCUUGCCUGCUCUCAUAACUUAUGUACCUGUCUGGUUGCGGCCAAUAGCUGCGUCACAGAAACUUGCAGAGACCGUCCUGACUGCGACAGCUGCAUCUGUAGAGACACCCAUGACGAACGCCACUGCUUCGACGGCCACUGCCUAUGUGGACGUGGUGCACAGGUCGGCCCUGGUGGACCUGGCGUAAUGGACAAAAACGCAUAUCCUUAGGAAUAGAGGAGAAGCGACCCCUGUUGCACAUCAAAUCAUUUAACCCUAGCCUAAGUUUAAUAAAUGCGUCUCUAAUUUUUCUCUCUGUUAUAGUAUGUAGGUAAACCUCUGGUGUUAGACAAUAUUUAAAGGUUUUAUAGACGUCGUAGCGUGUACUGUUAUCUAGUGACGACCUCCAUAUCAAUUGCUACCUGCUUAAAAGAGCUAAGAAAAUACAUUUUGUCGCCAA